AUGGCCUCUCGUUCCGCCUCCUCGGGAGGCAGCGGCGAGGCCGAGCCACCACCCUGGCGUCCGACCUCGGGCGCGUUUGUGCCCGAGACGUCCCACCGCGACGGCGGAUCUGGUGGUUUGUCGCCGCUGAGCGGCUCAUCGUUUGAGGCAGAGGCAGCCGCGGCGCUCGCCGAGCUUCGAAGCCAUCCCGACGGAAUCGCCUCCGCGUCGACCGCCGGUUCCACCAUAGCGGGCUCCGCCGAGCCAACUCCCACGCCGGGCUCCACCGCCGCGGGGUCCGCCGAGCCAACGCCCACGCCGGGCUGGCGGCAAGCAGCUGCGGCUGACGGCACAGUGUACUACUACCACACGGAGACUCGCGAGACGGCGUGGGCGCUGCCAGCUGAAGAGGCGCCCUCGACGCCGCCAGUGCAGCGGGCAAUCGACCAGACGCUCGUCCGACUGCGACAGGCGGGCGCUGGUGGUCGCGCUGAGGGCGCCUUUUGCCGCCCAGCCGACGCGCUGCGCUCCACGGCCUCCGCCUGCGCGACCACCACCGCGCGAUCGCCAGCGGCGGCAGGCCUGCGGAUCCAGGUGCCGCCGCCGCCUCCAGAGACGCCACCACCGCGGCGGGUGGACGAGAGCGCCAGCAGCGCCCUCGUGACGCCAACAGCCGGGCUCGCGGCGGCGGUGGCGACAGUGGCGCGCCGCCUCGGCGCUGCGGCCGGCUCGGGGGAGGAGUCGGCGGACUCCUUUGGUGGACCCUCUCCGAGCUCCGCGGGCUCCGGCUUCUCCCCGCUCGGGCCCUCCGCCGAGUCUCGCCGGGUGGCUCGCCACGCACGCCGGCGCACUCCGGUCGGCGCUGCCGGCGGCGGGAGGGUGCAGCACCGUGCGCCGGAGGCUGUGGCCACGCACGACCCCGAGGCGGUCGGGUCUGAGGUGCGUAGCUUCGCGGCGUCGCCGGACGCGCCGCCGCCGCCGCCUCCGGUGCGCACGCCGUCUAGCGGCGGCUCUGGCCGUCCUCUCCGCGGCGCGGUGCGGCGGUUCGCAGAGACGGCGCCGCCGGGCUUGGACGCGGGAGACCCGCCGUCGCUCUCGCCCGGCCUGCUCUCGCCCUUCAGCGUGGGCGAGGCAGACCGCAGCCGAGGCCCGUCCUCGGGCGACAACUGCUCCUCCGCCUUCGACUUCAGCGGCCCCCCCUCCGCCCCGCCCGCCGACUUCGCCGCCGGGGCCCCCUCGACCCCCUGGGGCGGCAGGGACGGGCCUGGCGGCAGGGACGGGCCUGGCGGCUUCAGCGGGCCUCCGACCGGGGGGGGCCUCCUCUCCUCCGAUAACAGCCUCUUCUCUCCGGCCGGCGAGAGCGGCCUCUUCUCGCCGUGCAGCGGCGCCGCCCCCCCCCCCCCCCCUGCGUCACCUUGCCCGACUCACCCUCUCUCUUCCCCGACACGCAACGCACCCCGGCUCGCAGGCGUCGACGUCGAGACGUGCGGCACGGCUGCAGCUGCGAGCCCGUCGCGCUCCUCCCUCUCCUCCCUCGACCCUUUCGCAUCGGCCGACGAGGACGACCUCCGGCUGAGCGGUGGAGAGGGCGGCGGGAGAGAGGCGGCCGGCACGGCGGGCGGGGGCGGGGCCGGCUCGGCGGGCAGGGCCGCCGCCCACCGGUCGAAGCCACGCGUCGCCGGCUCCACCGCCACGCCGCUCGCUUCUCCCUCCGGCGGCACGUUUCGGCUGCCCCCGCCGCCGCGGGCGGCUGCCGUGGCUUCGACCCCUCCCCGCCCGGCGGGGGGAGACUUGGCCAAGGGCGACCUCACCAGCCUCCUCAGCCCUCUCCCGCCCGCGGCGGCUGGCGGCGGGUGCGCGAGUGCGGCGGACGGCGGGCACGCCGUCGCCUGCAGAAAGAGCUCCUCCGCCGCCGCGCUCGGCGCCGUCGCUGCCGCCAGCGCCGCCGCGGCGCACGAGGCGCAGCUGGCGGCCGAGCGGCGCGGCGAGGAGCUGGCGGCGCGCGAGGCGGCGCUGGAGGAGCGCGAGGCAGCCCUGGCCGAGUCGGAGCACGAGAUGCGAGAGUGGUACGACACGGCGGUGGCAGAGGCGACGGAGCGCGAUUGGGAGCACUGGCGGCGCGACGCGGUUCGCUCGCUCAACGCCGAGCUCUUGCGCAAGGCGCCGCCGCAGGAGUGGAAGGCGCGCAUGGGCCGCACGCUCACCGAGCUGGAGCUGUACAAGCGCGAGAACGCUCGCCUCCGCGAGGCCGCCGAUUUCCCCGGCCGGUCAGUUGGCAACGCGGACCGCGGCGUGAGCGACGAGCUCCUCUUAGAGUUUGAAAGGUUGCGCGACCAGCACGCCGACGCCGCCGAUGAGCUGCGUGCGGCGCACAAGCAGGCGGCCUCGCGCGAGGAGUUCCUCUGCACACUCGAGGUGGACGCCAAGCAGGCGCAGGCGCGCAACGAGGCGCAGCAGCGCAGGCUCGAGGACCUCACGUCCGACAACUCCAAGCUGCGGAUCGAAAACACGCGGCUGCGCUCCGAGGCGGCCGGCGGCCGGAUGGAGGCCUUCGAGAAGGAGAUCCUCGCGGAGGAGCUGCGCGGCGCAAAGGACGCGGUCGCCGGCAUGGAGCAGCAGCUGCAGCGGCUCCACGCGGAGAAUGCGGCGCUGCGCGACGGAAACACGCUCAGCCUCGAGCUCGCCACCGUGAGCAACCAGCUGCGCGGUGCCCUCGAUGCAAAGGCCGCCCUCGGCGCCGCGCUUCAGGCCCGGCUUGCUUGUUCGCGCGCGGAGACUGCUUCGCUUCACGCCGCGCUGCGGCAAGCGGAGGAGCAGGCGGAGGGGGCGAGGGCGGCGGCGGCGAUGGAGGUGGCGGAGAUGGGGGAGGUGGCAAAGGUGGCGGUGGCGUCCCUCCACGCCGCGCUGCAACACGCGGAGGAGCAGGCGGAGGAGGGGGGCAUUGCGGCGGCGACGGCGGAGGCGCAGAUGGUGGCUUUGCGGAUGGCGACGGCGACGGCCCUCGAGGAGGCUGCCGCGCGAGCCGACGAGGCGACGCAGCGGCUGGAGCUGGUCGAGUCGGGCGCCUUGCGGGAGCGAGAGCUCGAGAUCCUGUGCGACAGCUGGAGGACGGUUUUGCUCCGCGAGCUGCGCAGCGCGGAGGCCGAGGCGGUCUCCUCGUCGGCUGAGCUCGUCCGCACCUCGACCGCCCUGCAGAAGCGCGAGGACGACCUGGUGCUGAUGAUCCAUCAGUACGACGAGCUGCAGCAGGAGCACACGCGCCAGAGCGACGCCAUCCAGGCCGCAGCCGACGGCUCGGCGCUGCACGCGACACGGCUGGCGGAGGAGCUGCUGCAGGCAAACGAGCUGCAGGCAAACGCCGAGACCGCAGCAAGCGAGUCAGCAGCCGCUCUCGCGGACGCCCGCUCGGCGCUCGAGCUGCGAGAGCAGCAGCUGAAUGCGCUCGUCGCCGAGCACGAUGCCUCCUCCCAGACCGCAGAGGUUGCGCGGCUUCGCGAGGGGUGCGCACUGGCUGAGCUGCGCGAGGCUCUUCAGCACCGCUGCGGCCAGAUUCUCGACUUCACGCGAGGGCUGUGUGAGCUAGCCGCUGCUGACAAGAGGGGCAUGACCGAGCACGAGGCUCGCAGCCGCCUCUUUUGCCUCUCGGCACUUGCGUACGAGGAACUGGCGAUCUCGCCCGUCGCGACGGAGCGCGAGGUGUUCACUCGUCGCUUCGCGGCGUUCCCGAGAUCGGACGAGAAUGUGCCAGCUCGAAACGUGUGUGUGUGUGUGGAUGGCGAUAUCAAAUAA